UUGUGGUAGCCUUUCGUUUUGUUAAAAUGUAUUUGAAGUAACUAACUUUAUUAAACCCUUAAUUAAACAAACAGGUCUGAUCGAGUGACGUGAUGGCAAUAUCGACAUGUUGUUAGAUUUCUUCAAACAGGCUCAUCCGUUAAACAAACAGAGUGCAGCCGUUACAAAGCAAGUUGCAAGAUCCUUGUUUCUGCUGGGUAGACACCGAGCUGCACUGGAAGCAUACAACGAUGCCGCUCGAUUGAGUCCAAGAGACUGGCCAUGGGAGAUCUGUCACAAUCAAGGUGUGUGCUACAUACACUUAAAAGAUUACAGUCAGGCUCGGGAAUGUCUACGAAAGGCAAUCCAAUUGAACAGGGCUGUCAUCUCGUUUAUCCAUCUUGGACGUGUUUAUUUACUUCAAGGAGAGAUAAGCAUGGCACAAUAUUUGUAUCGACAAGCUGUUGGAUUUAAUCCCGAGAACCCUGACUUGAUGGCGACUCUAGGAUUGCUGUACCUGGAGACCUCCCAGCCACAGAAAGCUAUGAACAUGCUGGGAAAUGCUUUGACAUAUGACCCAACUCAUUUCAAGGCAAUUCUCACAGCUGGAUCGAUAAUCCAGGGACAGGGAGACAACGACAUUGCUCUAACCAAGUACAGAGCAGUGAUACAGACUGCUCCUGAGUUGCCACAGCUGUGGAACAACAUCGGCAUGUGCUUCUUCAGCAAAGGAAAGCACGUGGCGUUGUAAUCAGCUUCUCAUAGAACUGCUCGACCCAAUUUGCCCAGAGGAUACGAAUCCGAAGCAGUGCCUUGUA